CUGUCCCGGGGGGAGGGGGAAGAGGGCGGCGAGUGACCCUUGCCCCGGAAGCCCUCGCUCGCUCUCCCGGAAGCACCGCCCUCGCCGCCUCACACUCUCUCUUUCCGCCGCCAUCUUGAAGCCGGCUCCCAGCACAAAAUGCCUGGUGAAGCGACAGAAACAGUCCCAGCCACAGAGCAGGAACUGCCACAGCCUCAGGCUGAGACAGUAAAUCCUCCCCCGGCCCCCGGGGAAGCAAGCUGGGCUCUCGCAGGAGUGACAUUGGCAGCUGAGCAGACCAGAGCAGUUGCCACCAAGAAUCCUGAGGUGGCAGGCCAGGGUUCCCAGGCUGAGGCUGCUCUGGAGCCUUCAGCUCCUGCCGUCCCUGCCCCUCCUGCCGGUGCUCCUGCAGCGCCCGCAGCUGCUGUAGCUGAGCCUCCUGUUCAGGCAUCAGCACUAGCUCCAGCUCCUGCUGCUAACCCUGCCCAGCCCUCCUCUCCGAGUGUCCCCAUGGGCCCAGCUGUGUCACGAGAGCUGCCCCCCUCCCCAACCUCUCCUGCUUCCCCAGCACUAGCUCCCCCUGCAGCCCCUGCCUCCCCACCUGUGGUCCCAGCUCUGAUUCCUCCUACCUUCUCCACUCCCUUAAAGCUCCCAGCUUCAGCUGUUGGCAUCCCAAUGCCCAGCCCACCUCCCCCUAUUCCCCCUGCAGCCCCAGCUCUUGGGACCCCAGCCGAUUCUGCCACUCCAGGCUCUCCCAGACCUGCUGCUGCUUCCCCAGUUACUCCAGCGUCCCCUGGGGGCCCAGCACUGGCAUCUCCUUCUGUUACCCCAAGGUGUCCCCAUGCCUCUCUCACCACCCCUCUUGCCCCCCUGGCGGCACCAGUCUCUCCUAGCUGCCCAGUUAUGACAGUUCCUGUUUCUCCCCUGACCCCCCUUGUUCCUCCUGUGGCCCCUGCGACACCAGGCCCUCUUGCUCCUCCCGCAAUCUCAGCCACCCCCCCUGUGGCUGCUGCCCUUGCCCCCCUCGCCCUUCUGGCUCCUGUUUCUCCCCCUGUGACAUCAGCUCUGGCUGCUGCUACCCCUGUGGCCCAACCUUCUUCCCCCGCCCCUCUUGUUCCUCCCGUAGUCAUUGCUGCUCCCCCAGCCCCCAUCACGUCCCCUGAGGCCUCAGCUUCACUGGUGGUCCCUGCUGCUGCCCCUCUGGCCCCAACCUCUUGCCCAGUAUUUCCUGUGGCUCCUGUCCCAGCACCCUCCACGCCUCGCAAGACCUCUGCCUCUCCCCCAGCCCCUCUCCCUCCCCCAAAGACCCCAGCCUCACCUCCUGCCCCAAGCUCCUCUACUAUCCCCAAGACCCCUGCCUCUCCCCCAACCCCUCUCUCCCCCACACAGGCCCCAUCCUCACCUCCUGCCCCAACCCCCUCCACUCCCCCAAAGACCCCUUCUUCUCUACCAAAGCCCCAAGCCUCUCCUGUGGGUCCUGCUUCUGCCCCAGCCCUCUUCAUGCCCUCUGAGAUCCCUCCCUCUCUCCCAACCCCUCUCCCUUCUGCUGUGGCCUCAGCUUCUAUUGCUCCUCCUGCCUCAGCCCCAACCCCCUCCACUUCCAUCAAAACCCCUGCUCCUCCAUCAAAGGCCCCAGCCUCCCCUGUGGGUCCUACUCCUGCCCCCUCCACUCCCACUGUGAUCCCUGCCUCUGCCCCAACCCCUCUCCCACCCCCAAAGACCCCAGCCUCACCUACAGCUCCUGUCCCAGCCCCCUCCAAGCCCCCCAAGACCCCUGCCUCUCCCCCAGCCCCUCUCCCUCCCCCAAAGACCCCAGCCUCACCUCCUGCCCCAAGCUCCUCUACUAUCCCCAAGACCCCUGCCUCUCCCCCAACCCCUCUCUCCCCCACACAGGCCCCAUCCUCACCUCCUGCCCCAACCCCCUCCACUCCCCCAAAGACCCCUUCUUCUCUACCAAAGCCCCAAGCCUCUCCUGUGGGUCCUGCUUCUGCCCCAGCCCUCUUCAUGCCCUCUGAGACCCCUCCCUCUCUCCCAACCCCUCUCCCUUCUGCUGUGGCCUCAGCUUCUAUUGCUCCUCCUGCCUCAGCCCCAACCCCCUCCACUUCCAUCAAAACCCCUGCUCCUCCAUCAAAGGCCCCAGCCUCCCCUGUGGGUCCUACUCCUGCCCCCUCCACUCCCCCUGUGAUCCCUGCCUCUGCCCCAACCCCUCUCCCUCCCCCAAAGACCCCAGCCUCUCCUACAGCUCCUGCCCCAGCCCCCUCCAUUCCCCUUGAGACCCCACUCCCUUCCCCUAUGGCUCCUUCCCCAGCCCCUCUCCAUCCCUUGGUGGCUCCUUUUUCUCCCAGUGUGACACCAGCUCUGGGGGCUCCUGCGUGUCCACCAGCUCCUAUCACCCCCACUGAGGCUGCUAUUUCUCCUGGGACCCCUGUGGCCCCAGCCUCUCCCACUUCCCCAGUUCUGGUGAUCCCUGGCUCUCCCCCUGUCCCAAAGGCAAUAACUGAGGCUGCUGCCUCUGGCUCUGCUCCCGCCUCCUCCCCUGAGCUCCUCCUUGCUUCCCAGAAACCAGCUUCCUCGCAAGCUGCUUCCACUGACCUCCCUGCCACUCACCUUACUCCAGGGAGUAGCCAAGCCCCUGCACCUCUGCCCACUUCCCCCGCUGAAGAGCUAACCCCCCGCCCCGGGCUUCCUAAACCAUCCCUGCCUUCCUCCUCACCUGGUCCUGCGUCCGAAGCACCAGCUAGACCCCCCACCCCUGUCUGUGCUGCUACCAUCGAUGACGACGAGCUGCCGCCUCUCAUCCCUCCCGAGCGGCCUGCCGGGGAACUGCCUUUGCAGCCGAUCCUGGUGGAUCUCUCCUCUCCCAGACCCACUGUGGCCCCUGCUGAGGCCCCAGCUCCUCUUCCUCCAGCCAAGCAACCCGUGCUGAAGAAUGACAAGGGGUCCGGUACAGAAUCCGACAGUGACGAAUCGGUGCCAGAACUCGAAGAACAAGAUUCUACACAGGCCACCACACAGCAGGCACAGCUCGCAGCAGCAGCUGAAAUAGAUGAAGAACCAGUUAGCAAAGCAAAACAGAGUAGGAGUGAAAAGAAAGCACGAAAGGCAAUGUCCAAACUGGGCCUUCGCCAGGUCACAGGUGUAACCCGAGUUACCAUCCGGAAAUCCAAGAACAUCCUCUUCGUUAUCACGAAGCCAGACGUGUACAAAAGCCCAGCAUCAGACACCUACAUAGUCUUCGGCGAGGCAAAGAUCGAAGAUCUGUCCCAGCAGGCGCAGCUGGCAGCCGCCGAGAAAUUCAAAGUGCAAGGAGAAGCCGUCUCAAACAUUCAGGAAAACACACAGACUCCCACCGUACAGGAGGAGAGCGAAGAAGAGGAGGUUGACGAGACUGGCGUCGAGGUGAAAGACAUCGAGUUGGUCAUGUCCCAGGCGAACGUGUCCCGCGCGAAGGCUGUCCGGGCCCUGAAGAACAACAGUAACGAUAUUGUAAAUGCUAUUAUGGAAUUGACGAUGUAGCCAUCAGAAGGGAGGAACCUUUUGGUUUUUCAGAGAAGAGUAAAAUGCAGCGAACUUUAACAUUUGUACUAUUUCUAUCGAUAAAUAAAAGUUGUGGCUUACUGUCGGUGAAA